GGCAGGCUGGCUGGCUGGCUGGCUGCCCGGGCACGGACCGUUUCCACUGUCUGUCCGUCCGUCUCCACGCUCUCGACGGCUCCUCAUCGCGCUGCUCACGCAUCGCGUCGCGACGACGGCGACGUCGGGGAACACGGGCCAGCGAAAGGUGGCUCCGGUUUUGUUCUCGCUCGCCGUGCGCCCGUGACGGAUCCGUACGCGCGGCUCUGUUUCACGCUUCGCCGGGCUGUGACCCUGAAUACUAGUGACAGUGCGUGUCUCCGACCUUGGCACGCCGUUCGCCAAAAGUUCUCCAAUGGCAGCGCGAGCAACGGUACCCGCCACAGCUGAUCGACCACCGGCCAAGCCGAAUUCCUCUCGACUAUCUACCAAAGGAUUUCGUCACGAGGCGUAAUCAGGAGACAGACAGACGGAUGGGGCUUUGAAGAAUGAACGUCAAAGAAACGGAUUUGCGCAGUAAAAUCGAAGAAAUGGAAGCCAACUCGUCUCGAUGUUCGACGGGAGCUUUGAAUUAACGAUGGUCGCUAGUGGAUCAAGAAUAAAUGUGCCAGCACGAGCUAUCAGACGUACACAGAGCAUGAAGAGGAGAAGACUCGAUUGACUCCGUAGAAACGUUCGGUGCCAGUUUGGAGGAUGGAGGAGUCCUCGCCAAGGAUUCGUCCCUAUCUGGAUUGCUGGGACCAGAACGAAGACAAGUACUCGGUGGCGAACAGCCAAGCGCCGUUGCAAGCUGGCGAGGACGAACACCCUGAGCGAGGCACAUGGACGGGGAAAUUCGACUUCCUGUUGUCCCUUCUGGGGUACAGCGUCGGGCUUGGCAAUGUCUGGCGCUUUCCGUACCUCUGCUACUCGAACGGAGGGGGUGCUUUUCUGAUACCGUUCUCGGUGAUGCUCAUUAUCGCCGGAUUGCCCCUCAUGUUCAUGGAGCUUUCCUUAGGGCAGUACGCGAGCCUCGGCCCAGUGGCGGCUUACAAACGCUUCUGCCCCCUGCUAAGAGGCCUGGGAUACGGAAUGGUCCUGAUCAGUUCCGUCGUGAUGCUCUAUUACAACCUGAUCAUCGCCUGGACGCUCUACUACAUCUUCGUCUCUCUCUCCGGAGCUGGUAAACUGCCAUGGAGCAAGUGCGAGCCACCAUGGAGCACCGACGAUUGUUUCAUGCCAGAAGCUGCCGAAGCGUGCGUCACUCAAAACAUGACUUAUUUCAAAAGGAAAUGCUUGAAUUCUACCCAAAUGGCCUCCAUAGGUCUGACUAUGGAAAAUAUCACUAGUGCCAUUAGGAAACCACCGGCUGAGGAAUAUUUCAAUAAUCACGUCUUGGGAAUGAGUAGCGGGAUCGAGGAGACGGGAUCUGUUCGACCCUGGAUGGCGAUAAACCUUCUGUUAGCUUGGAUCAUCGUCUUCCUCUGUCUGAGCAAAGGUGUUCAAAGCUCUGGGAAAGUUGUGUACUUCACUGCUCUCUUCCCUUAUGUUGUUCUGAUCGCUCUUUUCAUUCGCGGCAUUCAGCUUCCCGGUGCCAGCGAGGGCAUUAUCUAUUAUCUAACGCCCGAUUGGAGAAGACUAAUGUCCGCGAAAGUGUGGAGCGACGCCGCGGUGCAGAUCUUCUUCGCCCUGAGCCCAGCCUGGGGCGGUCUGAUAACUCUCAGCUCCUACAACAAGUUCAACAACGAUUGCUACAAGGACUCGGUGAUCGUCGCCAUCAGCAACAUCGGCACGUCCUUUUUCGCUGGUUUCGUGAUAUUCUCGGUGAUUGGUUUCCUGGCCCACGAGCUCGACGUCCCUGUCGCCUCUGUCGUCGACCAAGGUGUUGGGUUAGCGUUCAUCGUCUACCCUGAAGUAGUCGCACGUCUAUCGGUUGCACCUGUCUGGUCGCUGCUCUUCUUCGUGAUGCUUCUUACCUUGGGUCUCGACUCGCAAUUCGCCUUGAUGGAGACAGUUACCACGGCCAUACUCGACGCAUUUCCGUCAUUAAGACACUAUAAAACGUGGGUUGUCCUGGCUGUAUCUGUUUUUGGUUACGGUGGUGGCAUAGUCUUCACUACUAACGCUGGAGUGUAUUGGCUACAACUAAUGGACAAGUACGCAGCCAAUUGGUCAGUGUUACUGAUCGCCAUAGGCGAGUGUAUUCUGGUCGGUUGGAUCUAUGGCGCGCAUCGAUUUCUCGACGAUGUUCAGCUGAUGAUAGGCCCACAGAGUCGCCUCUGGAGGUUUUUCUGGACCUGGAUGUGGAGGAUCGUCACCCCAGCGACCCUGUUCUUCAUUCUUUUCUUCAAUUGGAUCGAGUACCAGCCUCUCACCUACGGUGGCUACGUUUACCCCACAUGGGCGAACGCCGUUGGAUGGAUUAUCGGCAUGAUACCCGUUCUGGUCAUCGUUGGCAUGACUCUCACUCAGCUGAGAGACCGUCGUCGACGAUCCGCCUACGACGACGACGACGACGACGACGACGACGACCUGGACAACAGGCCGUCCUAUCAGAGACACGGUAAAGGUAGAACGAAGAAGAGCAAGGGCAGGAGCGUAUGGUGUCGCGCCAAGAUGCUUCUGCAGCCAACACCCGAUUGGGGCCCCGCCACCAGAAAUCCAUCGACCCCGUCGAGGACCCUCACUCACACCCCGUCGCCAGGGCAACCAGCAGGAUACGACUCGGUGCGAGACACCAUAGUCCUGGUGAACGGUCAGCCGAUGAUGUUGCAGCCUUCGAGCUCGACUGGCACCUCUCAGAAGCUGCCUGGACCAUCGAUCCUCAAGAACUCUAGUAAAACCGACUUGAUCACGUCUCAACAAGUCUGACAUGAUGUUCAUUUUACCUCUGAUGAGAAGUCUGCUGAAGAAUCUGUCGCCACAAACACAACACGCCAGUAAAAGGUAGUUGCGUAUCGCGGAUAGGCUCGCAAACGAUCCACGGAUCGAUGGCGAAUUCAAGGAAGGACGAAAAGAUAGAAGAAGAAUUUAUAAGGAGACUAUUUUCUUUUAUAUAUAAACCUAACGCAAUCCUAGUAUCUUCUAUUAUACAUUUCAUUUUUUAUUUCUUUUAAAACAAGUUGAAAGUGUUUUAUCCCCGUUUCCAGAGAUACCAACUUCACUGAACCGAAUCGAAAGUGUCCAAGCCUUCUUUGAUGAACUUUCAGAGAUUUUAUAGUUUAUUUUAGAAUUCAUAGUUCGACACGCCUUAUUAUUCAGUGAAGGUGAACCGACGAACGUUGAUUUAGCACCGAAACGGUUACGGCUAAUUAAAAGAGUUUAUUUAAUUGCCAGUAUUCCUAAGCGCGAAUCGCAAUUGAAUCUUCGACAUCGUGAUUCGACUGUUGCAAGCGUUUAGGUCCGUCGCACGAUCGACCUGCAAAUUGACGAGGAGACGAAGAACCUGUGAAACGCUCCGUACACGCUACGAUGUGAACAUUAUUUAUUGUAAACAAUUACGCUACUCCACUGCUUUCGAUUGUACAUAAGAAAACGUAAGAAAUUAACCAUUGUGUACGUGCUCUAGAAAAGAAAAUUAUGGUAUCUAUCGUUUCACGUGAGCGACACGCAAAGUUAGAACGAAUAAUGCCGUUUAUCCGGAUUAAAUUGACGCACCUCUAAAGUGGGGUGUAAUAUCACUGGACGAUUAAUUGCUCCACGUGGGAGAUUUAACCAUGGUAAUGUUAUUACAGGCUUUCAUGGCUUACUUCAGGGUUGGUAUUAACAGAAGCUUGUUGGUACAAAUCGUGUCUUUUGGAUAAGAUCAUCGACGUUUAUUCAGCAAUGCAGAUGGCUUCUUCAAGGGUCAAAUGACACACUGAUGAAAAAUUUGAGUUUUUGACUUGAUUCUUCAGAGUUGACAUUAACAGAAGCUUGUGGAUGUAAGACUUCGGAUACCCUUAGUUUCGUGAGCAUUGCAGCUGGCUUCUUCAAGGGUGAAAAAAUGCACAGAGUUGGAUUAGGUGUAGAUUAAGUUUGAGUUUUGUCCGAAAUAUCACUGAAAUAUCAUUAUUUCAUUUGACGUCUUAAGAAGCUAGUAACACUGAAGAAACAUCAAACAGUCUUAACCAAAUGACACGAUUUACACUUAAAAGCCCCAUUAUCAAUCAUGGUAAUGUUGCUUGCAUAGCGACAGGUUUAGACAUUCGACGUAGGCAGUUCGAAAACAUCAAGUUGAAUUUCCUUACAUCAAGUGUCAGGGCACUUUAUCGCAAAAGGUUCAUUGCUGCAAAGUCAUUCAGACGUUAAAGGAGCCGUAAGUUUUAUAAAUUUGUAGCUUCGUGAUCGCUGAGCAUUUUUCCAUGUUGACUCGCGAAAUGCUUCGCACGAGAAUUGUUAUCGUUUUGGAGAGAAUUCCAACGGUGCUGAAACGAGUGGUUCCAGAAGAAUUGGCAGAUGGUUUGCGGUGCAAAGAUUGUUUAAUUAGUUUAAAUUUUUACAUUCAUUACUUCAUUACUUCAGGACACCAGGAUAUCUAUUCUGAUUAUUGCAACGAUACAACGUUGGUAUCAGUGUCACUAGACGCUGUAUCGUUAGCAACUUUGAGAGAUUUAAGCUGGGUGACAUAUGACUGAUGACACGUGGGAUUUUUUAACAAUUAUACAAGGUAGAGGCACCAGUAGUUGACACAUUAUGUAUACAAAACGUAUACCAUUUAAAUAUUAAAGUCGAAAUAUGUAAAAUAAAUCAAGAAAAGGAUGCUUUUACGGAUCGAAGUAUUGCUAUUUAAUCCUCUGAAACGCUUAAUAAUAAAGCGACGUGUGAAAAAAACCGAAUUUGUAUCCCCUACCAAACAUAAAUAACAACUUAUCUCGAGUUAUGGAGCGAACAAAAAAGUUGAUGCAUACGCCAAUGAAAAUCCCAGAAAUGCUGGUAUAGACGCCAAUGAAUGUUUUGGUCGCUUCCAGGAGUUCCAGGAAAAAGUACCGCUCCUUUCUUAGAAAUUCACGAACGCAUUUCUUGGAAUUUCAGGAGGCUGCUCGGUGCACCCCUCACUCUUUAAAGUCUAUCGCUUCAGAAACUUUAAACAGCGAUAACUCAGAGUAGAAUCGUCGGAUCUCUUUCAAAGAAAAUUCAAAUUGAAGGGCGCAAUUUCUGCUAUCUGAUAAAUGUUUAUCAUCAACGUUACAUAUUUUUAAACACUUGUUUUGUUUAUUGCUGUACUGAACGCGAAAUAUAAGUAUGAUUAAGUAAAAUAACACUCGUUCGGGAAUUUUAAUUAUUAAUUUUAAUUAACACUAAGAUAACAUCGCUUCAAGAAGAUUUUAAUAGUCAAUUACUGGUGCUUCUACUUUACACACUCCACAUACUCAUGACACGUAUCUGUUAGUAUUAAUAACCCAAAGUGUAUCCUAGUAAUUCUUCAGAUACAAUCGAUCCUCGAACCUGUACUUCUCCAUAUCUUCACAUUAGCUCAGCGUUGAGCUUCACUUUGGGUGGUUUCGCCUAAAUCCACGUUUCCACGUGCCCAAUACGCACAUUCGAAUCAUUUAUAUUUCGUUAGUAAACGAGGCAAUCUGUAAAAGUUUCUCUUGACUCCAGCUGAACGUUGGAUGGAAUUGCCUAAAGACACAUUCCCACUUGUGCGACGCGUGCAUUUGAAUUAUUUGUGGUAGUGGCUGUAAAAAUCGUUGUAGCUACACUAGAGUGUUUCAUUAGAAUAAAUGAUGUUUUCUUGAAUGUAAAUUAAGUCUUUAUCGGUAACAUAGAUGGUUACUGCUCGUACGAGAGUUAAAUCAAGAAGAUUGGUAUUUUUAAGGUGGUACAAUUUCUAUGAUAACAACUAUAUACUGAUUUUCACCAGUAAGUAAUGUGUUCUGCAAAAGUUUGCUCAGAUUUGAGCCGAACUUCGAGCUGAGCCACCUAAAGCUACAUUCCCAUGUUUGCAACGUGUGCAUUAUAAUUAUUUACGUUACAAAGAAAAGCUAAUGUUUAUUUCUUUAUCUCUCAUUCUUUACUCAAAUUUUGCUCAUUCGUAUACUCAGAAGAUUUUUAAAUAAAUAACCAAGGAUUAGAUCAGCUCUAUCUUAAUUUUUCAUAGAAAAUUGCAAAAAGUGGGAAAAUUUCAUUUAGGGAAUCCACGUGAACGCUCAAGCGAGAAUGUGACUUUAGGUGGUUCGAUUAGGGGCUCGAGGCAAGUUCAGAUCGAACCUUUCACGUUGUACCCAACAAUUAUCACUCAUAGUUUUAUAAAUUCACUCAUCGAUACGCAGUAUCCUUUAUUUCUCGACACAGUUCCACUUAUGCGAAGGAAUUUACAUGGGAAAUUAAACGAAGUGGACGAAAGUAUGGUCGAGGGAGGAAAGAGAAGACGCCAGGCGUAGACAGUACAUAGCAUGUUCCUAAAACGGAGUAAUUAGUGUUAUCGUCAUUCCUACAUUGCCUCAUCGGUGUCCUCCAACAGAGAAAUGGCAACAAUCGUCAGUCGACGCGAAUAGAUUAUUUUUGUCAAGCUGGUCGUCGCGAUUGUUGCUUUAUUUUUGGCUGAUGUUUUAACUCUUUAACCGACGGUCACCCAAUCCAUUGGUAAUACUCUCGCAAACUAUUAUAUAUUCAGAAGCAUACACAUAUUUAUCUUCACGUCUGCCAUAAUCAAAGGCAAACAAACAGCAGUGGAAAUAAUUUAUAUCUCUGUAUCAAAGGACCGCUGUAUAAAAUUCUUUUGUUGCUCUAAAAUUGGCGUUUCCCCCUUAAAGCCUAAAAUAUUGUCUUACGAAUUAGAAAUAAUUUAUAUCUCUGUAUCAAAGGGUUGCCGUAUAAAAUUCUUUCGAUACUCUAAAAUUGGCGUUUCCCCUUAAAGUCUAAAAUAUUUUCUCACGAAUUAGGGUGACCGUCGAGAGUUUACAUGUACGCGCGCCUCCGAUUACUAUUAUUUGCCGGCUGUCAGGAAUUUCAGGGAAAUAGACUAAGUAGCCGAUACGUUCACGCACGAAGACUGCAUGCCACCGUAAAAGGGGAUAUUUUUGCGUCGAUCACGCACAGGGGAAGGUAGGGGGGUGUUGAAAAAAGAAGAAGGGGUGUCGUUUCACGGGUCAGCGGGAAAACGUUUCGGAUCGUUCCCGACCCAACAUAGGAAAUAUAAAUAAACAAGAAAUAUAAUUAAGUCGGCGAUGUCGAAAUGCCAGACAAUUACGCGUACGUACAGUCAAUAACGUGAAAGAUCGUGAUUCUUUAUUUUUUAUGUGACCCCAUUUGUAAAGUGUUGCUAGCUGUAUCGUAUGUAUAACAUUUAUCGUACUUCGUAUAUAUACAUAUACAUGUACACACGUUACAGAUAUACAUAUAGUAUAUAUAUAUACAUAUGACAUAUACAAUAUAAUAUAUAUUAUAAAUAAUAUAUUUAUAGACGCUUGUACACUGGUGUACGCGUCCUAUAGUUUAUUACGUGUACAAAAGAAGCAUAAAACGACACGAUCAUCGUUGGAUAUAAGAAGCUGAGGGCGAGACAAACCAAUGAGAAUACAACAAGAGAAUAUAAACAAUUAACAUUUACCGAACCUGUUGCGUUCAAAUGAAGUAAAAACGAAAAACAGGAAACUAAAUAUGUUAACUCAUAUCCGUGAGUGUGCGAAAGUAAUAUGUUGCGUGAUACGAUGCGUUUUUUGUGAGCAAAUGAUGAAAGUGUGUACGGUGCGAGCGUAUACGUAUAUUUUUUAGCGUAAAACGGGCCUAACUCCACUUUUCGUCCUCUCAACGAUCCGCGCGCCGUUGGAUGGUUGCUUAGAAUUUUGAAAAAAGACUUGUUUCCUUCUCUUCGAUCCUGGUUAUUGUAAUUUUUAAUUUGUACACUUUACUUCCUUGGUCAAAAUUAAAGUAAGUCAGCUAAGUAAGUAAGUAAGUUACUUUCGCAAUUGUUCGCGCAAGUUAUUUUAUUAUUUAAAAAUAUCUUUGUGCGUUAAAUGUUACGCAGAAUGUUUUAAAAUAUAUAACACCAAUGCAAAAGCAGGUAAUUCAUUUUGAAAAAGAAUUACUAUAAGAAAAAAUACAAUUCAUUUUACACGAAACUAUGUUCUCAAGAUAAUCGAUUUUAAAAAUAUUGCGAGAGGUAGCGCGUACUUUAGUAAGGAACUUAUGAAACCCAGAUGAAUUUAGUUAGUAAUGAAUUAGUUUAAUAACGAUAAGUGUUCGAAUAGUUCUUCCCUACGGUUACCAAGUGUCAUCAGUAUUUUUGCUAGGAAAACAAUUUUUUUAAUUAGAACUCGCUACUUCUGUACACUGAAAUUAACCCAGUUAUGGCUGAUAUAUAUAGAAGUGUGUUAAAAAUGUUAAAAAUGUGUGUUGAAUAAAAAUUUUAAAUAUGUCGUUGUUCUGUUUUGAUAUUAGAUAUGUUAGGCUAACGUCUUUCUAGAAGGAAGGCACGUUUUAGGUAUCCUGUUACACCUAAUCUACUCGUGGUAAAAUGUUUCAAAGAAAAAAGUAAAAAAAUUGCAGCCUUACCUGGGUUAAGCAACAACGCGAACUCGAAAUUGUUUCAUUUAAUUACCUCAAGAACGAAGGUUCGUGCAAACAAUUUUAAUCUACACUUCUCAGAGGAUCACCUCUUUGUAAAUUGUGCUAUAUAUUUUAGGACACUCUGUGCAUGGAAACCGUCACGGUUUAGUUUGAGUAAAUGUUGCGUUACGGGUUUCGUCCAAUUUGCAAACAAUCGAGGUGGACGUUAGGAGUAAGUAAUCGGCCCUUACGUUUAGAUGUAAGUAAUCCUCCCCUUGCCAUCAAUCCUUUGCUCAAAAGGACGAACUAGUGGAGGAGGAUCCUCGCCAUUCGCGCCCAAGACGGAUCCUCGUUGACCUAAUUAACGUUUUAGAAUCUAGUCGUUGUUGAUACUCAGAGCUUCAAAGAAUAGGCAAAUCAUUCGACAGAACGAUAACUCGAAUCCCAAGAUAGGAAUUCGUUUCCAAUCGAGCCACGCAUCUCGAGGACAAUGAAAGUUUACCCAGUCGAUUCACUUCGAGACACCAAACAUUCUCCAAUCGAUCUUCCACUGACAUGAUUAAUAUAAGAGUCUAACAUUUCGGGAAAAUAUUAAACGUAAGAAGGUCGUCUUUAUUUUGUUACGCAAUAUCAUUAGGUCGUUUGGAUUUGUGUAUUAUCGGAUCGUUUGCUGUUAGGUUUCUAUUUUGUAAUUGUAGAAGGAACAGUCCACCAGACUGGAUAAAUGGAUCAUGAUAUAAUAUGACUACGAAGAUCGUAAGAAAAAUUUGCAUUCUAAAUAUUUUUGUACAUAGUUAUUAGUAUCGUAAUUUAUCCUUGAAUUUAUUCCAUCAAUUUCUUUUAUUUUCUAAAUAACUUAAAAUUAGACACUAAACAAAUAUACACAAAAUUACUAGACGCGUUUCUAAUUAGCCAUAUCCAAGCCAUGAUCAAAUUCCUUUAUUGAUACAUUGAUACAAACGAAUUCUCUUCGGCGAUUGCUGAUGAACAAACUUGGGAUUCGCGAUGAAAGUGUGACUGAUAGAUAAGCAUUCCAGAAAACUUAAUUGUCCUUAGGCUAGGUAGGCGAAUCUGAUGCUGGUUUAAAAGGAAUUUAAAGAAAAAAAAUCAAACUAGCUCGUCAUUAACAACAAACAACAAUAAUAAUAAUACAUAUUAAUUAUAAAAGUUAUGUUACAAGUAAAUAAUAAUAAUAACAAUAAUAAUAAUAAUAAUAAUAAUAAUAAUAAUAAUAAUAGCGUUAGCAGCCGGGGUUUAAGCCGGCUAGGCCGCGUGGUCGACUGUCCUAGGUAGGGUUAAGAUUCCAGUGACGUAGAAUUAUCAGUAACAACACGGUAACAUUGCCAGUAACAAUAACAAAAAGAGAAACAAACACCACCAGGUGUCGAUUACUAUUUUAAUGUAACUUUGGUUGAGCAGUUUAGCUGUGUCCAUUUAUGCGAGAGUGAGGAUUGUGCCUGGCGUUCAAACGACCUUGAACGUCAAAUUCUUGCCUAUAAACCCAUAGUUUCACUUCGAUAUUGUAGACGAAUGAAAUUGUCCAAAUUUUUCCUUGGGAAAUUUUCAAUAAAUCCAUUUCACUAUUUUAGCAAAGAAAUAAAAAUAGAAAUAACCAGAGCUUGCUCUAAUUACUUACAUCUAACAUCGGAUCGUAGGGGUUUAAUGGUUUUCGCGGCACUAGGUAACGCGUUUUAAUUUUUAUAUAGCUGAAACAAUUUGUCGAUGGUCUACUGAACAUACAUCAUUUUUGCUGAAUUUUAUUUCAUGUUUUCGAUGACCUCUAAUUAAUCAAAAUAAAUCAGAAUUUAAUUUUGUGGGUCGUGGUAAAUCUUUUCAUUCAUUUGAAUUUAAUGUUAACAAGAAUGACCUAGAAUCAAAUAUAUGAGAAAUGUAAAUAAAAGGAAAGAAAGAUAGUAGCAUAAAGGUAGAAUAGCAGCGUAAAAGUCAAUUGUAGUAAAAUUGAUAACAUUAAUAAUAUUGAGGAAUUCAAAGUUGGUCGUAAAAUAAACUUUACGUUUUAAUAGACGCUUUAAUAAAUAUUCUUGUAUUAAUUAGAAGUAACAGAGACCCUCGACAAAUUGUCUAGCAUUGAAAAAUUACAAUUUAUCGUAGCUAAACCGAAAGUAUCACUUAGGUUGUUUCGUGUUACUGCUACAGAAGCACACAGGCGAUCGUCGUAAAAUAUUCGUUCGGGGAUCUCGAUUUACCGAACGGAUUUAUGGUUACCGGGUUAUGUUACGGACUUUACGUCACUAAGAGCAACCAGUAGAGCGAACAGUACAAAAUAACGUGUCCUAGAGCCAAUCGAGAAAGAGGAAAGCGUUCAAGAGCGAGAUACACAGAUGUGUUUAAGGAGUCUUCUCGUUUUUGUGCCCAAAAAAUUAACUCAUAUUUGCUUAUUUUUUAUAGAGAAUGUACGAGUUGGAUUGUCCUCAAAUUUGGCACGUGGGUUCGUUAAUCACUUAUCAAGAUUUUCGAAUUUUUGGACUAAAAAAAAAACGAACAUUGACAAAGUGACGACACUUGAAAAAAAAGUCUUAUUUUUAUCAGCAUUCUUUGAUUUUUCUGAACCGUGAAAAGAUGUAAUAGUUUUUUAAUUUUAAUUAGGAUUGGUACACUCAAAAUGGAGUUUUCUUUAAUUAAAUUGAGUUGUUUUAAUGUUAGCAAUUUUACAAAUUUUUGGAACAUCUAAACCGAGAAGACCUCUUGUGUUUCGUGAAAGCGAUUAUAUUAGUUAUUCCUUCUCGUUAAGGCAGAUUUUUGUACGUCGUCGGACGGUCGAAAGAACGAUAACAAACCGCAAAGUAAAAUUCCUGAUCAAAUGUUCAAACGAAAGAAAAAAGGGAACCGUUCGUUUGUGUUUGCGAUCGUACUUUCGCGCGAUCUAUCGUGUCUCUCGAUUUCCUCUCUGAUUUUUAUUUAUUAUUACAUUAUUUAUAGGAGUAUUUGCCAACGAAAAUAUGGUUGAAAGGUAUACGAAACUGUAUACUCGAAUAUGUUUCUUUAACCAACCGUCGAUUUUAUUUGUAUAUGAAUGGUAAUUAAGGGCUACCUAACAUCAAAUUAAUACUGAUUCAAUUUAUCUUCAAUUAAAACGAGAGGCACUAUUAGAACGUGACGAAUGAUAUACAAUCAAAAUACAAGAAAAUGUUAUUAUUCAACACACGAGGGUAAAUCCAUAGACAUAUAACAAUAUGUCUGUGACAUAUUUUCUAGAAGAAGAAAAGUUCUAGAAGCAUGUUCCAACAUUCGAAAUUAAUUUUAAUGAACAUGAAAUAAAAAAAAUCAUCGUGAAUGUAUACAAAAAAGAAUAAAGUUAAUUAUAGCUCAAGCACAGUUCACUCCACAUUAAUUACAAAUGAUUUGUAAACUGUGAGAAGAAAGUUACUUCAAAUUUUUCGAGUUGCAAAUCAGAUUGCAAGCUUCCCAAUGAUUAAUUACAAACAGAUUAUGUUCACUGUUUGAUUCGCCCUCGUGCGUAAGGUUAAGGGUAGUCAGCAGGGAGUUAAGGAGACGAACGAGAAUACUGAAAUUAUAUAUUGUAUCUAUAUUGAUCAAACACGUAUAUAUAUGGAGGCAUAGAUAUGUAUAUAUGUAUGUAUAUAAAAAAGAGAAGUAUAUACAUAUGUAUACACGUUGUUGCAUAAUGUUAGCGACGCUCCCCACGCAUAGAAAAAUGGGGGAGAAAGUUUUACGCGUGACGAGUUCAAUUCGAAAUGUUUAUCGUGCGUUGACAAUUUGCGAACAAGUAAAAAGAGGUUUAACAAAACAAAUAAGACGAUAUUCGAAGGACGAUGAGUAUAUAUAUAUAUAAUAUCGGAAAUUAAGAAAUUGUAUUAAUAUACAUGUACAUUGCAUUGAGGAAGAUAUAUACAUUAUGUAAAUUCUAUGUAAAUGUAUAUGAUGCGUGUGUAAUUAAUAAAGUGUUGAUAUAUAUGGUUGACGAUACGUC